AUGGGUGGAACGGCACUGCACGAUGCGACGUCUCUGGCGCGGCUCAAGGCUCUGGACAGCCUGUCAACUGUCGAUGUCCAGCUGCAAGAAGCUCAGAAGUUAUGCAACCACAGUGCCCGAGCAGAGAUGCUGCUUCGCUGGCUGGUGACAAGAUUGAAGCUAUCCUCACCUACACGAUUACAUUCCGGAUCCUGGAAUCUUUUUGCGUCUUGCGUUCGCCUGCUGCCAGUUCAGAGGAUUGCAGCGAUUCUGGGUAGUGGUGCCUUGCACGAAGUCCUGCAGACCACUUGCGCUGAACAAAGCAUACCGAAGGACACUUUGUCAGCCAUCUGGCACUCAUGGGAGCUGCUGCACGUGAUGAGCCUGGCGCCCGCUGGCGCUGCUGUUAUGGCUUUGCUGCGAGUGGAUGGAGUUUUGGCCGCAGAGAUUUGCGGACAUUGGUUCGAGCACGUAUAUCGAGUUUUACAAGAGGACGAUGCUGCUGCGACAGCUGCUGUGGAUCGCUUGCUUCUCAAUCUUGGAGUCCAGCUAUGGACCGCUCGUAAACGCUCCUCGUCAGACGAUACAGCCUUCAGCUCCAAAGCUGUGGUCUCAGCAUGUCGUAUUUUGGUAUUGCUCGGAAAGGACGAUGAGCGUACUGCAACGAAGCGCAAACGAGCUACAUGUGCUCUAGAGCCUACGCAAGAUUAUAUGCAUGCGCUCGAAUCACUGGUAGCCAAGCAUACAGUACUGCCAGCUCGAGCAUCAUUCUUAGCCACGAGGCAGCAAGAAGCCGGACACAGGAAGCAGCCCCCGAAGACUGGACAGCAGCUAGCAGGAGUUUUUGAUGCUCUGAAGACGAGCAUGCAGGAUGCGCAUGAGGUGGUGCCCGUCGUUCUGGAUAUUGCCCUGAGGGCUGUUUCAAUGCCGACGCCGGGGCAACGGAAUAGAGAACUCCCGUGGAUCGAGACUAUGUUCGAAGCUUUAUCUGAGCAUCUCAAUCUUGAAGACUAUGGCCAGCACGAUGAGGCAAUUACGGCCAUGUUACACUGUCUCGCCGAAAACAAAGUCACCUUGUCAUCUCAAAAGCUAUGCGGCUUAGUCAAAAUUGCUCUCGUUGCAUCGGAGGCCACCCGUGGUGUCAGCUGGCGGAUAAUUGCAGAGAUUGUGUCUCUCAACUCUGGAAUAUUCACCGACGUAGCCAUUGCAGCUGAGCUGUUCGCAGCUAUCGGGGCUAGACAGAUGUCUACAACAGCAAACGACUCCAUUGUGAAAGAUCGCAUAAUCGUGCAGAUCAUUGAUGCGUUCUUUCAAAAACAGCAGACGAAGGAUUUCCUGGCCUUGUGGCACCUCCAGCUCCAAAGCAAUGUCGACAACCAGGCCGCUGAAGUAUGGUUAGCUGUCGUGCCCGAUGUCGUGGAUGCGAUAUCAUCACUUCUGGAUGCAGACAUCGCUCUUUCAGCUUUGACUGAACAUUUUGUACUUCUCCAACAACUGGCUGUUCGAGAGGAGCGUGACAUCAUCCAGGACGACACUCGCAGAAGAUUGCGAGCCGACCUGGUGGUGCUCCGCACGGUCUUUCAGGGGCUGCGUAACGGUGGCCGAGUCGAUGAACACCUCGAGAGGUCGCUAGCGACUCUGAGGUCGCUGGAUACCUCUCACUUACACGUUGAUUGCCGUCGAGAAUUAUGGCAGUUCUUUACUGUAGUGUUCGAGCAAUGGCUCCCCUCGUGGGUGAAUGCACAAUCUGAUCAUGCUGCGGUUGCAGCAUAUCUCACUGGACUGGUCAAGAGCGACAUCCUUGCCAUGGCAAUGAAGGAUGCUCAAAGUGCAUCAUGCGCAACUUCGGCAGCGCAGGUUCUCCUUGGAUGUGUGCACAGUAUGGGGCAGCCAUACAUCUCCGACGGCAAACGUGCGGCUCUACGGCCUCAAGUCGUUGAGAUGUUGUGCGCGCAGCCUCAGAGCGGUCUGUCCGUUCUGGCCGAGUACCCCAAGCUCCUUGUAGGAUUGCCGUCAGCGUCCGCUGAUCAGGUCUUGAAGACAGCAGUAUCCCAUCGCGCUCACGAUGGCUACUCUGAUGAAACCAUACGAAAUGCCGACAGCGUCAUUCCGCGGGUCCUCGCAAACAUCAUGUCGGCUGUGAAACACAAGGGAGAUAUGGACAAGUGGCUAGCUACGUUGAACGUCUCACAGUACGCGUUACUAGUACCAGCUGCCCUGAGUAUGCAUGAGCGCGGUAUAGUCCUCAACAGGCUCCUCACUCAGAAAUCUGAUUGCCCGUCCGCUGGGUCUCUCGAGCAGCUUUCGGCACUUGUCCUUUCUUGGCUCAUGUACCCUGUGGAGGAUUCGCAAUUGCUCAACUUAGCGCCGACUUUGUUUAACCUGGCGUUCCUGUGGGCACCACGUACCGAGCCCACUGAACCAUCUGCGAGUCUCCAACAUCUCCCUUCCAUUGUGCGGGCGCUUUUCCGCCAUUUGUCCUCUGCCAAAGCUCAGCAUCAACGAAAGGAGCUUUCACGAGCUGCAACCGAGCACAUCAGGACCUGGGAGGCUGGUACUGGUGGCGUAACCAAUACCUUUGCUUCGGACGCCCUAAUUUUGUUGGUCUGCACGACAAUCGCUUGUUUUGAAGAGUCGAACAGCAGCGAGAGUGAGCCGCACGCCCAUCACGACAAGAAAGUACUGCGGGCGUUGGUCGAACACCUCGUCACUCAAUUCGAGGGCACGCAAGCAGAUCUAGCAAGGCGCAAGAGUGGGCUGUCACCCAUCAACUACUCUGCUGCUGGCGAUGGCCUUCUCAUCCUUCCCGAAUCAGUGUGGAAACUGGUCGGAUCUAAAAGAAAGACUUUUAUUGGUAGACUCGUCAAGGCUGCGAAAGACAUUUUACUGUCGGACAACUCAUCUUCGGCUGUGCUCAAAUCGACCAGUUUCAAACUGCUCUGCAGAUAUGAUGCUGGUUCUGACUUGACCGAGACCGCGGCUCAGAUCUUAUCAAGGAGCGGUACCGCCAAAGAUGAAAGACUCGUGCUCCGUUGGUUCGAAGAAUCGCUGGGCACUGAAGUAAGCGGCGAUGCAAUUGCCAACAUCAUUCGCUCCGGACCGCCCAAGUCCUUGGCUGUGGCGCAGCUGAAUGGAUGCAUGAUCAAGAAAUGGGCAAAAUCGUCCGUGGAAACGCCAGCAACCUUCUCUGCGAACGAUGUAUGGCAUUAUCUGCUACGUACAUUGUCAGAAACGGAUAAUGGUGGCAUUCAAAGUGAGGCCUUGUCACUCAUAGAGACUCUUGCUGCGCAAAAAAAGCACAUUGUCAGCCAGUAUGGCCUCGAGCAGAGCUUGAACGCCAUGCACCAAGUGAUGUCCCGAAGCAGCCAGGCCGAGGAGGCGUUUUCCGGAGUUUGCCAAGUGCUGAAAGUCAUCUUGAACCAAUACCGUACGCAACUACAAGGUCGCUUCCACCUUGUCACCGCGCUCUUCCAAACGCUCCUAACCAGCCUUUUGGACGAAACCUCAGCUACUGCUGCCCCCUUACAGAUCCGCCAACGCCACGCAAAAAAUGUCGCCCACCUCUUGGAGAUGUUCUGCAAACCAGUCUGGGUCCGAAACACAGCAACAACGAACCUCGUCGACCAUUCGCGCGAGACCCAAAAGUACGCGGGCCAAUUCGUGCACUAUAUCCUGCAUCACUAUUGCUCUCAAGUCCUCGCUUCCAAUCCUGCCGAGACGAUUCGAGUCGCCAUCCGACCGGGCAUUUUUGCCAUUUGCGAAGCCAUGGAGGCUCAUGACGAGGCGAGAAUGAGAUCUUUGAGCGCUGCGAUGAACGCGAAUGAGAGAGCUAUCUUAAGGAUUGUGGUGAGUGAUUGGAGACAGUUUGGAAAAUGGGAGGGGAAGUGA